AUGCAACGGGAAAUAUCUAAGGAUGCUACUGCUAACCAACAUAGCAGGCUCACACAACAACAGCAGCAGCAGCAGCAGCAGCAACAGCAACAGCAACCGCAAGCCCCUAAAGAAGAGACAUCCGCUUUUGCUGACCUAGGCAACGCCCCCAACGAGUCCAUUGGUCCCCCGGAAGAUGAGACAGCAGAGCAGCAGCAACAGCAGCAGCAGCAGCAGCAGCAGCUGCAGCUGCAGCAGCAGUUGCAGCAAAUGGAUCCAGAUGCGUAUGCUUCUCUAUCAGGAUUUCUUGACGCCCAGGGAUCCAUGGGAUAUUCAGGACAGCAACAGCAGCUGCAGCAACAGCUGCAGCUGCAGCAAAUGCAGCAGCAGCAACAGCAGCAGCCGCAGCAGACUAAGGAUCUGGUUGUAGGUGGACCCAGCUACGUCUUAGGUGGGGGAACGCAUGCAACUGCAGCAACAGCAGCUAGCGCUAGCCAGCUAGCUGAUGCUUCUCUGUCUAGGGGGACUAACCCGUUAGUAGAAGGUGCAUCGUUGCAAGACAUAGCAGCAGCAGCAGCACCAGCAGCAGCAACAACAACACCAUCAGCAACAGCAACAGGAGCAGCCACCGGGGACUGGGGGGGCCCCCAGAGAUCAGGUGGGGGGCCCCCACAGAUGCAAAUGUACCCUACUUCUCUAGGCGGUCUCCAAGUACCUACAAAUAUAUGGAGGCCCUGUGGGGACCCUCAAGGGGUAUUAGAGGGAGGAGACACCAGCACAGCUGCAGCAGCAAAAGGGGGCCCUGAGCUGCUACUUAAACGUGACAACAGCAGCAGCUGCAGCAGCAACAGCUGUAGCAGCAGCUGCAGCAGCACCUGCAGCGGCAGCGGAGGGGGCCUCUCCUCUCUUAGCCCCAUAGAGCCUCCUGCAAAACGUUACCGAUCAGACAGUGGAGACAAUUGCAUGCAAGGUGAGGGGCCCCCAUGGGGGCCCCCUAAUCCUUCUCUUGCUGCUGCUGCUGCUGCUGGUGCUUACCCUAAUACGCAAAGAGGGUAUAUUAACGGGUGUAUAGACAGCUCAUCUAGUGUCUCUCUUAGUCCCUGCGGAGGGAUGGGCUAUGGAGGGAGCCUGUUUAACUUUCCUGCAGCAGCAGGAGCAGCAGGAGCAGCAGGCGAGGGUCCUGCUGCUGCUGUUGCAGCACCCGGAGGACCGCUUGGUCCCUCUGGAGGUGCCUCCGUGCUUGCUGGUGCUGCUGACGGCAGCAGCACCAGCAGACAACGUUGGGGUGCCUGCGGAGGAGACCCUACAGCAGCAGCAGCAGCAGCAGCAGCUGCUGCUGCUGCUGCUGUGAGUUGUCUAAACAACUCGAUCCCCCCACAGGAUUUGCAGGGGACAGUAGGAGGCGUGGGAUCGGGGAACGUCCCUUCUCCCUUCUUAGCCAACAGCAGCAAUGGUGUGGGGUCUGUAGGGAUGUUAUAUCCAUCUGCUGCUGCUGCUGCUGCAUUUGGUCCGUGUGACUCCCAGCUGUCUCUGCAGCAGCAGCAGCAGCAGCAGACGGGUCUUGUAUCUCUAGAUGGUUUCUCUAUGGGUGGUGGUAUACUACCUGAUGGUGUGUACAUGGGGGGCCCCCCUCUAGCUCCUUCAGGUAUCCAGGGAGUUGGUGUUCGUGGAUCGUGUGGGCAACAACAGCAGCAGCAGCAGCACAACAACAAGCAGCAGCAGCCAUACAACAAACCACAGCAACAACCACAGCAACAGCAGCAGCAGCAGCAGCAGCAGUAA